ACGGAUUCUUCUACUGUUGCUAGAAACUGCACAAAUUGUCUCUCUGUAUUUCAGGCUCAUGAUAUUCUCAGUCACCGUAAACUGAUCUAUGGAAGCCAGUCUCUGCAACUGAUACCAAAAAGAAGUCUUCUUGAAUAUGAUCCUCUCUGCUCAUUUUCUCUCCUUUUCUAUUUCGGUGUAUUUCAUCAACUCUGCUUUUGCAAAGAUUCAUCCAUUAGCAGAAAUAGAAGAUGCGCUCCUUCGAAAACUAUUUGCUGGUUACCAGAAAUGGGUCAGGCCUGUUCUAAACCCAAACAGCACCAUUAAAGUUAAUUUUGGUUUAAAAAUAUCACAGCUUGUUGAUGUGGAUGAGAAAAAACAGCUGAUGACUACAAAUGUAUGGUUAAGGCAGGAGUGGAUGGACAUGAAACUGAGGUGGAAUCCUAAAGACUAUGGGGGGAUUACAUACAUUAGGGUUCCAUCAGAAACUCUGUGGCUUCCUGAUAUUGUUCUAUUUGAAAAUGCUGAUGGGCGUUUUGAAGGUUCUCUCAUGACAAAAGCAAUAAUAAAAUAUGAUGGAACUGUAACAUGGACUCCGCCAGCCAGUUAUAAAAGUUCUUGCACAAUGGAUGUGACUUUUUUCCCCUUUGACCGACAAAAUUGUUCAAUGAAGUUUGGAUCAUGGACAUAUGAUGGGAACAUGGUUGACCUUAUUCUGCUGGACGAGAAUGUAGACCGGAAGGAUUUCUUUGAUAAUGGAGAAUGGGACAUCCUUAAUGCCACCGGCUUAAAAGGAAUGAGGAAAGAUGGGCUUUAUUCUUACCCAUUUGUCACAUAUUCAUUUGUUUUGCAACGUCUUCCAUUGUUUUAUACUCUUUUUUUAAUAAUCCCCUGCCUUGGUCUAUCAUUCCUAACUGUCCUAGUCUUUUAUUUGCCAUCUGAUGAAGGGGAAAAACUCUCCUUGUCCACCUCGGUAUUGGUUUCUCUAACAGUUUUCUUACUAGUCAUUGAAGAAAUUAUUCCUUCUUCAUCAAAGGUAAUUCCACUAAUCGGAGAGUACCUUUUAUUUAUCAUGAUUUUUGUAACUUUGUCAAUAAUUGUUACUGUUUUCGUCAUUAAUGUUCAUCAUCGGUCCUCAGCAACUUAUCAUCCAAUGGCACCGUGGGUAAAACGCCUUUUCCUGGAAAAGCUUCCGAAGCUUCUUUGUAUGAAAGGACAUGUUGAUUGCUUCUCCUUUUUUGAUUCAGAAAACAAUGUCUCUUCUGCCAAAUCAAAACCCUCUGGCAAAAGGAAACAAAUUAAUGCAAGUGAUGGGGAAAAGGUCUUAAUUGCCUUCUUGGAAAAAGCAUCAGAUUCUAUUAAAUACAUUUCAACACAUGUAAAGAAAGAGCAUUUUAUUAGACAGGUUGUUCAGGACUGGAAAUUUGUGGCUCAAGUUCUUGAUCGGAUCUUCCUAUGGUUGUUCCUCUCAGUAUCUAUCACUGGAUCAGUUCUUAUAUUUACCCCUGCAUUACAGAUGUGGUUGAACAGUCAUGUCUGAAUCGUUGUUAUAACAGCGACUAUAGUAAAGGAGAAUAUAAUAAACCUUUUUUAUCAUGUAUAUUAGACUGUGUUAUGGUCAUGGUGGGCUUUUUUGAAAAAUAAUCAUCUAUUCACAACAGGUUUUGUUUCUUAAGUCAUAAAUGAUUUCACCAUACUAUCUAUAUGUGAGCAGAAAUUUAUAGUAAAGGUCCACAGUACACAUAUUUAUAUAUUAGUGUCUGCAAACUGCUUUUCCGCACAAUUGCUUAAGAACAUUUUUACUUUACUAGGCCUCACUAGACUUGAAAGAUAUGUUACAGAAGAUUAUUAUUAAUGCUGUUAUGUAUCAAACUUGCCUUUAAAUUAUAUUCACUUGUCAAUAUGUCUAUGUAUUAUAUCAUCAUCUGUUAAUUUUUUUUUUCCAAUAAACUAAAUUUGGUUG